AUGCUAUACAAAGUCGGCAGCCGAGGAGCUCUUCGCUCGCUUCUCUCCUCGUCUCGUGCGCAUCGCUCUCACAUCACAACGGCAGCAACUCGUACACAUUCAAGGACAAUCCGUCCUACAGUCUCCCGGUCAAUUCCACAGAGAUCAUUCUGCUCGUCGCCUGCUUCGUUCAAGGGAAUCACACCGGGCUCCUCGGAUCCUGCUCCGCCAAAUCCUGAGCCCAACUACAUCGGUGUCAAGCAGGUCACUGAAGCGUCAUACAUAUCAGAGCCGGAAUACCGUGAUCGCUCUGAGGAAUAUAUCAAUGCUCUGAUGGCAGAGAUAGAGAGGACCCAGGAAGAGCAAGGGUCAGAGGUAGAAGCCGAGUACAGCGCCGGAGUACUCAACGUCGUCGUCCCUGGAAUCGGUACCUACGUCCUCAAUAAACAGCCCCCGAACAAGCAGAUAUGGCUCAGCUCGCCCAUAUCUGGCCCCAAGCGGUUCGACUGGGUCGUUCAAGGCGACGAGAUGACCGAGAAAGAAGGCACUCGGGAUUAUGUCGGUGGACAGUGGAUAUACCUUCGUGAUGGGACAAACCUGACAGAUAUUUUGAACGCAGAGUUGAACCUGGAGUUGAGAGCAAAGAUCCACGAAUGA